GCUCAAAGACUUCAAGAAGCUCAAAAAGACUCUGGACAAUCAUUUAAUAAUUAUAAUGAUUGCAACCUACUUGAUGUUUUAACUGAUCUAUUAAAAAAAUCAUUUGCUCUUAAGUAUAAAAAUGAGGAAAGCUAUGAUAUAUAUCUUAGUUUAAUAUAUGGUUUAGAAUAUGAUGAAAAUAGUGACGAAAAGUCUGAUAGUUCAAUUAGUGAUGAUAAUGAAAUUCCAUCUAGUAGUUCAUAG